GGGGGUUAGCUGGGGCGGAGAGACACAUCAGCCGCGGAGGGGGAAGUGGAGGUAUCAGUGUGAGGCGGCACAGCUCUAAGCAGAGGACACGCACACCGUGUCCACCAUCAGCCGCGCGCCUCGUGGAAUAACAAACAUUUGUGCCAAGGAAAGCUGCAGGAGACAUCUGAUGGAUGAAAGAAUAGCGCAUUUACAGGAAAGACACUUCAUGGAGCGCGCAGACUUUUUGGGGGUAGACUACCCCUCUCUGUACAUGUGCAAACCCAAAAGGGGACUAAAGCGGGAGGAUGGCGGCAAGGACGCUUAUAAAUUACCACACCGUUUGAUAGAGAAGAAGAGGAGAGACCGAAUCAAUGAAUGUAUCGGUCAGCUGAAGGAUCUGCUGCCGGAGCAUUUAAAGCUGUCGACGCUGGGUCAUUUGGAGAAGGCAGUUGUUCUGGAAUUAACUCUGAAACAUUUAAACGCAUUGACUGCGGUGACGGAGCAGCAGCACCAGAAGAUCAUUGCUCUCCAGAACGGGGACAGGUCGAUGAAGUCGUCCAUUCACACCAAUGCAGAAGCGUUCCAUUCUGGUUUCCAAACAUGUGUCAAAGAAGUUCUGCAAUACCUGAGCCAGUUUGAGAACUGGACAGCGCAAGAGCAAAGCGGCACCCAGCUGGUCCAGCACCUUCACAAGGUCCUGGCUCGGGUCCAGUCCGGCUCACUUCUCCCCCAGCAGCAGCAGCUCCCCACCGGCGUCUCACCAGACGGUCUUAAAGCUGACAACCAGGCCAACUGCGUCCCAGUAAUCCAGAGGACCCAAGGCGGGGAUCUGACCGAGAAUGACACGGACACGGACAGUGGCUACGGGGGUGAGGGGGGCAAGGACAAAGAGUGUGAGCACAGCAACACCUUGCAAGCGGCCAAAGGUGUGAAAAUCAAGCAGGAGUUUGGAGACGAUCGCCCGGCCAAGAAGCCAAAGAUGAACUGGUCCGGUAAUGGCUCUGGGGCCGCCGAUGUGGCGUUCAUGAACUCUCUGAUGGGAUUAACCGGAGUGGGACAGCAGACGCCAAUUUGCAUGCCUUUCUACUUCAUCAACCCAUCAGCGGCUGCCUCGUACAUGCCUCUUUUCGAUAAAAGCAACAUGGAAAAGAGCAUGUACCCGGCGGCGGCCCUGGCCUCCCCUUUCCCUUGGCUGUACCCCGCCCAAGCAUCUGCAGCUGUGGCCGCUGCGGCCUUCCCAGGCCUGUCUGCACACUUAGGCGCUUCGUCUCCGUGCAAGGACCCCCAAAUCGCAGACGACGUCGACCCUCACGAUGGCGAGAUGAGCUCACCUGAUGAACGUGAGGAGACUCCCACGAGUGACGAAGGUGACGAUGACGAGGAGAGUGGGAUUCACCGGCCGUGUGACCAGUUGCCCGUCUGUCAAAGCUAACUUGUCCGGGUCGGGUCAUCCUGGAGGCCAUGCACUCUCUUAUUCGAUGCGUUUGUUGUGUGAAUGCUGAGAGUCAAGCACCCCUAAUUUUAUUAUUAUUAUUAUUAUUAUUAUUAUUAUUAUUAUUAUUAUUAUUGCAGUUUGCAUGCUCUUCCGAUACUGCGGCCUUCUCCCACGUUGCAUAACCAUGCAUAUUCGGUUCAUCUAACACUGCAUUGUCCAUACAAUAAAACCCCUGGUGGGCCAAGCCUGUAAUGUAAUGUAAGCGUAAAAUGUAAUACUGUAUGCUCCCAAAACACUUUAAAAUCAUCCUAAAAAAACAAACCAGACUAAAAACAAGCUGCUCCAGGAGUUAAGAUUUGUCACUUCACCAAUACUUCUGUGAGAGCGCUUUACUACUCCAUUGAGUCUGGCUCACUGGAGUAGGCUUUGGUGCUAUCUUGUGGUUGUGUACGAAGAGCACCAAAUAUGCAAAUAGGCAUGUUUUAAUUUUUUUUUUUCUGCCUCCACAGGUAGCUAAGAUUAGGUUCCACAAAAUGCCAAGUGAUGAUCAUGUGAAUCGCAAAUCACCAACAAGCAGGGGUUCACUGGCUAUGUGAAUGUAAGAUUGUCUGUCUAUUUGGGUCCUGUGACUGCCUUGCGACUCGUCCAGGGCGUACCCCGCCUCUUGCCCAAAGUUAACUGACACGUCCUCUAGCACACUUGCAACCCUAAUGAAAAUGAUUCAUUAUUAUUAUUAUUAUUAUUGUCAUCUAGCCACUGAAUGUGGCACUCUUUCUGAAUGAAUUCGCAAUUGUUUUUUUCCCCAUGUACUGGAACUUUUUUGAUGAGGCAACAAAGAUCAUCACGCUUACUGGUCAGCUUUACAACGAUUGACAUGGCUGAACACACACAGGUAACGGUGUUUCGUUCUGUAACAAGAUUCAGAUUUUUAAUGUCACACAUGUAAUGCAAAAUCAAAAAUGCCACAUCAUAUCACAAGCUUUCGUUAACAAAAUUAACAUUGCAGAUUGUGAAGCAAGCCGUACCAAUCGUGUUUACACAAGCUAUGUAAAUUGGGGUUUUACAAUAAUACCAUUUGAUAUUGAUAUUUGCAAAUGUGCCUGUGGCUAAAAAGCAAAAUGUGGUGAACUACAUGCGUGCAAUCAAUGAAUGUGGCCAAGAACUUUGCAAAUAUCCACACUAAUGUCAUAAUUCAGCUCCAACAGCUAGCGUAAUCCGUUUCCUCCUUGACAAUAGGCCCGUUAUUUGUGGUUAAAAAAAAAAAAAUGCCUGAGUAUCUGUGGCACCUCAAAAUAUUUCUCAAAAAGAACACCCGGGGCACCGUUGUCCUAUUGUAGGGACAACAAGCCAGUUAUGUGCGCGAGGGUCAAGCGCCUGGUGUGCAGUUGUGUCGCCGACUGUAUUUUUCUUCACGGAUGUCCAGUUCAGUUGCGUUCUGCCGCAUGGCUUGGCGUGCGGCUGGUCUUAAUGUCCAGUCAUAUUGCUCUGAUAUCAUUCCUUAGGAGGUGUGCUUGCACAGAAUGAAUGUUACACUGUGAUACAUUAAGAAGCUGUUAGUCCUCCGUUACAUCUCUCAGCAUUCACACAAUUUGUGAGGUAAUGGCAAUUUCUGAGGAUGUGGACAAAUGUCAAUGAUAUAGGUCCACGGAGGAGAUUUUUGUGUAUUAUAGCUAGCCACCUUGACGGAACACUUCUGACAGCGUGUGCCUUUUGCACUUAUGCUAGAUUCAUUCAUCUGAAUGCUCAUCGACGAUGAUUGGCAUAAACGCAGCAAAACUGUUGUGUUGCACUGCAGUUUGUUUUGUAUUCGCUUUGAUAAAGUAUUCUCAAAUGGCAGCGUUGAUGCCACAUUUUGAGUACUACAAGUGCAAAUGCGCAGUUUCCCAAUCAGCGAGUCUCCUUGGAUGUAAGACGUCACAAAGACGUCUGCCAAGGUUUGGAACAUCUCGCUGUGUCUGCUUGGACUGUAAAUAUUCAAACCCGGAUAAUAGUCGGGUUAAUCACGAUGUAAAUGUGCACUAGUUGGCCUAGAUGGCCACAAUACCUCACCCCCAUCUUUUUGCAUGGGGUACUUGGAGAGAUAUCACAGUUCUUUUUGAAACACAAGAAUUAUCACACACACGAAAAUCACCAUCUAAAAUCAAUCAAAAUGAAGAACCGUUAUAUUUGAUCCAAAGUCAGUCAUGUGUAGGCUCAUCCAAGUCCUUAACUGAGUUAUUGGAGAAGCCUUUCCUCCACAAUAGGCUGCAUAGCCAGGGUAUUGUCGGCCCCCCAAGUGAGGCAUUUCUGUAUUGAAAUGCAGAGGCCCUUAUCUCCAGGAAGCAAUGUAGGAUAGCACCUUAUAGAUCUUCGGUAUUGAAUGUACCUGUAUUUUCCAAGCUGUUAACGUUUGUAUGUAGGAAGAGUGUUCCUCUCUGAGAUGUGAAGUGCACUUUUUUUCUGCUUUUACUGACACCCCCACCAACCCAAAAAAGUCAUGCGUUCCAUGAAAAGCCAAUCACUGUAAUUGACCUUUUGUGUUGUUGAUGUAUUGUUGCCUUGAAUCAAACGCGUGAUUUCAAGUCAAACCAGGAUCAGCUGUCACAUUCGCAAUGACUUCAAGCAAUGGAGUGAGAAUUCUGUCAUCCGCCCAAUUUAGCAAUUAUCCGUUUGUAAUCGUUUGGAUCGGAAGCAGCUUUCAGAGCUCCCACUACUUAUGUUAUACUACAUUAUGUAAAAUGAAAAAUGAAAAAAAAAAUCCACAACAGCUGUGUUCACAUGACUGUCAUUUGAGAUCAAUUCCUGCAACUUCAGUGAUGUUAAGCUUUAAAAAAAAAAAAAAAAACCUUUCACAUUUGAUUGACUACCCAUGAUUUACUUUGUAUUUUCCAAACAUGAUGUUGCUUUUGUAGUUUUCUUCAGCUGGUAUAGCCUCAAAUUGGUCAUCAACUGUUAUAGAAAGUGGCAUGUAUGUCUGUAAAUAUUUUUUGGUGAAUGUACUAUAACAUGUCUGUCAACGUUGUAGAAAUCGAUGGAUUUUUUUUUUUUUGGAUGAAAAAAAAAUCCCGAUCAGUUGUUGCACAUUUUGUUGCUUUACACGUUAUGCUGUUAUAAAUUAUUGCUGAUAAAUUGAAAAAUAAACAUCUAAAUGUG